AACCUUCACAAAUGAAACAACCCCCAUCGUUAAAACAGAAACAACGACAACCUUGAUAACAGAAACAACGCCCACCUUAACAAUAGAAACAACGCCGACCUUUACAACAGAAACAACGUCAACAUUGAUAACAGAAACAACGCCCACCUUAACAAUAGAAACAACGCCGACCUUUACAACAGAAACAACGUCAACAUUGAUAACGGUCGAAAUGACAAAUCCAACGCUGCCAACAGGUUUCAACUGGCUCAACGCUUAUUAUGAAUAUUCGAUGAUAGUUAAUGGAUAUGGAAAAGCUCUGACUGUUGGUAUUGAUUCUCAAGAUGAAAUCACCAUUCAGUCCUUCACAGCCUCUGCUCGUUUCAAUGAUGAUUUACAACUGAGUAUCACCGGACUGUCUUCUGGAUCGAUUAAAUAUCAGCAAAAUGUGACAUUACAAGUGAACAGUAUAUCGAUGGUAGCACUCGAUCUGUUCGAUGUUGAUACGAUUAUUUUUAAUGCAUAUGGUGGUCAAGCACAUUCAAAUACUACGUCUCCACCAGUUACAGAAAUAACCAUAAACUCAACAGAUACAGGAAACUGUUCUACUGGCAGUCAUCUGAUCACUUUUGAUGAUCUAUUGAUUACCGCCGGUUUUAAUUCAACGUCAAUACCAGACGGUUAUCAUGGUUUGAAUUGGCCUGAUUUAUUUGUCUUUAAUAUAGCAGAUUUUGUAGCUGUUGAAGGUACUAUAUCUCAAGAAUAUGCUAUUGCCAGUGGUGAUCUUUUUGUUGCACCCAUUGAUCCUGAGAAGGUGGCUGUUAUGACCAUUCACGAACCAAAUACAACGUUUAAUUUUCAUUCUUUGGUUAUCAAUGCAUCGGCAUAUCCGUUCGAUGAAACUAGUCAAUGCACAUUUUUGGGAAUGAAUUCUGAUCGAGUGAUGUAUAAUGAGACGAUUAUGUUUCCACCACAAAUGACUUCAACAUUGGUUGAAUCGAUAUCGAUGAAUGAAAUUGAUACAAUGAAAAUUUUCUGUACACUCGAAAAGCUACGCCCAGGAAUGAAUAUUGAUUUUAGUUUUGAUUAUUUAUGUAUUGAUUUUAAUUAA